CACACUGCUCCAGUGAAACGCAGGCUACCGGUUGGUGUGGACAGUGGAGUAGGGUCGGUGCAAGGGACAAAGCCAUCACUGUCAGUGGCACCUGGACCCGAGAAGAGGCCUCGAUCAGAAUUAGUCACUCCUGAUGUUACCAAUCAGGCAUUGAACAGUGACGACUCCCAGCCAGCAGCCUGUGUGAAGUCAGAGGAGGACGACAUCGAGGAGAUAGAAGCAGUUCGCGAGGAUGACCAAUCUUACUGGACGGCAGAAGAAGGGAUGUCGACGACAGAAGGCGACAACAGUCAGAGCUCGUACCAGAUGGAGGGAGAGGAGUUUGAUCCGAGCGAAGUCCCUCCCAACAUUCCUCCCGAGAUUGCACCCGAGAGCUGCAUGAGAGACCAUAGAGGGAUUUGGUCUGCCCGAGAUUCGAUUACUGGCCUCAAGAUAUUCUUGUGUCCCUACUGCACCUAUAAGACACCAAAACGUACUAACGUCGUGACUCACAUUCGUACUCACACCGGCGAAAGGCCGUUCCGGUGUAACACAGUGACAAUGGAGACGACAGGAGUCUGGAGCGGUCGCCGACCGGAUCUCAACUGCAAGCUCUUCUUCUGUUCUCACUGCCUCUACAAGUCGGCCUGCAGGUCGCACGUCCUCGUCCACGUGCGCCAACACACCGGUGAAAAACCUUACACCUGCAACAUCUGUGGCAAAUCUUUCAAGGACAGGUCAAAUUGGAAGCGCCACCUGGCCACUGUGCACAGUUUGAGAAGAGGACACGAUGGGAUCUGGUGCGGACGAACGAGGGAGACAGGCCUCAAGCUUUACUUGUGCGUGUUCUGCAGCUACGCGUCGCCCCACCGGACGAACACCAUCCACCACGUCCGGUGCCACACGGGGGAAAAGCCGCACCGGUGCGCCGUUUGCGGCCAGAGCUUUCGGCAGAGCCAGCAUUUGAAGGGCCACGUAAUCACUCAUCACGGACAGACACGAGUGCACGAA